AUGACGGGACAGGUGCAAGUUAAGAAGUCUUCGGAAAUUACGUCCCCGAGCGGUCCUCAGAGCGAUAGCAUGGAGCGCAUCCCCGCCAUCGUCGACAUGUCCGACCAGAUCUGUGGUACGGACACGAUCGUCUACGCUGUCAGCGGUCGAGGGGCUAUUGUCAGCGAGAACGGCAAGAAGAGACAAGAGUUGGCCCCUGGCGACUUUGCACUAAUUCCAGCAUAUGCUGAGCAUCAAGAGGUCAACGACGGCGACGAACCACUUAAAUGGAUCAUCACACGCGGCGGAAGGAGCCCUAUCGUCCACAACAUUGAGGGCUGGGGAAAGAGCGAAGAUCCAGAGAAAGCGCAAGGUGCGUACUGA